UCUCUGCUCUGAUGUUUCUCUUUACUGUCUAUGCUUUCCCUAGAGUAUCUCGGUUAUGGGCAUGCCCCACCCUAAUGCCUGUCUGUUUAUCGAACUGCAUCCAAAUAUCUCCCUGUUUAUUAACACACUACCCGCGUGAAUCUUUAAUCAGUGUCUCUUGUUCCCUUGGAGUUUCUCUGGUUAUUUCUCAUAUGCGCUCUCGUUGCUGUGGCCCUAACCUGCUGUCCCUCCAUUUAUUACCCCUCUGUUUAUUGGCCGUCUAUCAAUUGAUCAGUGUAUUGGCGUCUCUGGGCUCCAUUAACCCUCUUUCUAUCUAUUGAUCCGUGUAUUGUUUGAGCGCGCCUGGCGGACCCUGCUUCGUCUCCAUGAUGGCGGCGGGAGGCAAGUCUAUGGCCUUCUUCCAACCCUGUGCCUCAGAGCGCCCUUUCCCCCAGCUGCUCUCUGGGGCGCGCAGCCGGCUCCCCACUCCAGUCUAAGCCUCACCUUUCUUUUCCCCGCUGGGUUGCUGGCUCCGUUUCCCCGCCCUCUCUUGGGCCUGCUAUCGAGGUGUGUUGCGCUCGCCGUGCCGCUGCUUCGGGCUAGCUGGGCCCUGCCGCCGCCAUCUUUUCACUCACAGAUCGAUUGCUAUAGCCGGGGCUUCCCGCAGUCGCCAGGGCGCAUGCGCCUGAGUCGGGCCGCUGAAAGGACCUAAACGGGGACGGGCAACACCGCGCAUGCGUGAGUCCGACGUCCCUGGGCACACUGGCGCUUGCGUAUUACUGGCCGGUGGCGUCUUGCGCCUGCGUGCUGAGGACUCCACGCGUGCGCAGUGUGACUGGGGGCGAGUGAGCCGAGAAGCUAAGAUGGAAGAUGAGGAAAUCGCGGAUAAUUGGGAGGAAGCGGCCGAUAGUGGGGAAAUAGAUCGGCGACUGGAGGCAAAACUAAAGAUUCAACAGAAGGAAAAAAAAUCGAAGCUGACACCUAAGGUUCCCAUCGUCAUACAGGAUGACCUCCAUCCAACGCCCUGUGCUCCGCAAAUCCGCAUUUUGAAGAGACCGACAAGUAACGGGGUGGUCAGCACGCCCAACUCCACUACAAGACCUCCUCCACAAGUCAAAUCGCUGGCCCAGAGAGAAGCUGAAUACGCAGAAGCACGGAAACGGAUCUUGGGGAGUGCGAGUCCUGAAGAAGAAGAUAAAACUAAUACAGACAGGCCAACUAGGAUUACCCAGUUAGAGGAGACCAGACAACAGAGUGGUGUAAUUCGACAGCCCCUGGGCCCUGAUGGUACACAAGGCUUCAAACAGCGCAGAUAAAACGUGGGCCAGCGAGCGCGCUUUGUAGAACAGAACUCUGCAGGACCGAGCGUGCAGUGUUGGACAUAGAGAACGGACUCAAGCAGAGGACCUGAUCUGCUUCUCUUGCACUGUGAUCCCCCUUUGCUCCGCCCACUGUGACUUUCUCCUUGCGCACUGUGACCCCCUGCUCCGCCCACUGUGGUUGGCACACUACUGUGAGCUCUCCAAGGAAACCGUGAAGGGGAGGUUUCUUGUAUUCAGACUGGCCAAGAAUACAUUGUGUGCCAUUUCUAACCAGAAAUUUGCUCCAGCAAUAAUACUGUUUAAGAAUGUUCAAUAGUUUAUCUUUUAAUUUCAGAAAAG